AUGCUCCGUGGAAGGGGUCUCUGCGGAUUCAAUAUAACCUCCGCAGAGAGAGCUGAUUGGAUCUCAGAGGUCGAUGCGGAGCUCCACGGAGUGAGUAAUGCCUCCACGGAUGAAGCAGUUGGAAGUCAUAACUCAGUCCGCGGAAAGGUCGACGCGGAGCUCCGCGGAGAGAGUAAUGCCUCCGCGGAAUGGGUGGUUGGAGCGGAUUUUGAAGAGUUUUUUGAUACAAAAGUUUCUUUUUCAUAUAUAAGUAAUGGGAUUAACACCUACGUUAGACCAAAGUUAAACAACUUGGGUUUACUGCUUCCGCCUAAUUUUGAUUGUCGAAUAUUGUUUGAUUUGGUCAAAAGUAAGGCUAAGGUGUUCAAUACUAAUAUAUCAUUGUCAUUUCAACACCCGGUUCAUGGGUAUGUGAUGAAUAUUUUAGAUGAAGCAGAUGUUCAUCAACUCAGAAAUGUAAUUUAUGAAACGCAGGAGAUUGUGCAUUUGUAUUUAGAGGUGUUUCAGGGAUUGGUCGAACAGACAAAAGUGGCAGAGAAAGUUGUAUCAUACAAUGUUGAAAACAUUGUAUCUGAUAAUAUUGAAGAUUGUCCAUAA